GCUUCGCAGCACGCCAGGGCAUAGCCGUGCUAGUGGCCAUGCUGCUGGCUGUGUCGAAUAUACUGCAGGUCCAGGCGUCGGUCGUGGUGGUGUCGACAAACGUCACCUUCGAGGUAAGAGAUCCGCAGAACAAGCACACUUCUCGGGUGUCACUCAUUUUUAGCUGGCCACUCAGCCGGGUCUUCUGCUCCCCUUUUGGAGUGUGGAAGGCCCGGCGGAUGGCCCAGACGAGCAUCCUUUGGCGAGCAUGCAUAUGGAUUGCCGUGCAAAAGCCUAUAGUUUUUGUGCUUAAACAUGCCCUUAUUUGGGGUUGGUGUAGGAUCGGUCAGCCAUGUUUGGAUCGCACCUGGGCGACGACGGCCUGGUCGGACGGCUGGUGAUCGUCGAGGAUAUCGAGCCAGGCAACGUGGACGGGUGCCGCCCGCUGGUGCACCGGCUGGACACGGACCAUGCGUGGGUAGCACUGGUGGAGCGCGGCAGCUGCGGCUUUGUCGAGAAAGUGCGCAACAUGCAGGCAUCGGGUGCCGCGGCGGUGCUUGUCGGCGACCCAUGGUACGAUCUGCCCGUGACAAUGUACGCCUCAGGUGACACGUCAGAUGUGCAUAUUCCGUCAUCGUUUAUUGCGCGCAGCGAAUACAACGGACUGCGCGAUGCUGCAGCCAUGUCGGACGGGCCGCUUAUGAUCAAGCUGAUGCGCAACGAGUACUACGAGCUGCCGUUCCUCGAUGUGCUGUUCAUUACGAUUCUGUCGCCGAUGCUGAUGAUGGGGUUCAUCUACAUUUUGUACCGGCUGCGUCUGCGGCAGCACCGGCUGCGCGACCUGGCUCCGACAGACGUGGUCAACGGGCUGCCGACCAAGACGUUCUACCACUCAAAGUACCGUGAGGGCGAGCCCGAGGAAUGCGCGAUCUGCCUGGACGACUUUGACGACGAAGAUGAGCUCCGUAUUCUGCCGUGCCGGCAUCAGUAUCACGUUAAAUGCAUCGACCGGUGGCUGACGACUCGCAAGAAGUUCUGUCCCAUCUGCAAGCAGAACGUAUGCCCGUCAACGGAGCAUACGCCGCUGCUGUCGCCGCGCCUGCGGUCGAUCGUGUGAACAGCCUGCUGUGCGAGCGAACCGCCCCUGUGCCUCGAACAAAAACGCUGCCACUGCCUUCACCAGCCUUUUAUAUACUCCUUCUCUGUAUCUUAGUCUCUGAAUCGCUUCUCAAUUAUAUGCCAAAGGAAACCGAGGGCCGGCAUAGUGGUAGGGGGCGGGUGUGGUAUGUCAUGCCACUAGUCGUCACAUGCUCUUGCCAUGGCCCGCGGCUGUGUUCAUUAUUGCCAAAACAUGGUGGAUUUGUGUGUAAUGAAGUGUGAAAAUUAC